AGCAUUGGGAGUCUCCAAGAUGGCUUCGAGAAAGAACAGCCGGAAACUCAGCGUUCAGGCAUCGACAGCCAUCGUAAACAAACCCAAGUCCAGCCAACGAGACCUGGACGAACUAAAACGCGAGCUUGAACUUGACGAACACACCAUACCUAUCGAGGAAUUAUGCUCAAGAUUGCAUACAGAUCCACAUCAAGGCUUGACAGAUCAACAAGCAGCUAACAACCUCGCUCGUGACGGGCUAAAUGCACUUACGCCACCGAAAAAAACACCAGAAUGGGUCAAGUUCUGCGAGAACAUGUUCUAUGGUUUUUCAAUGCUUCUUUGGGUGGGAGCGGUGCUCUGCUUUAGCGUAUACGGGGCUGAAAGCGCAACCAAAGAUCAUGUGCCUCCUGACAAUUUUUAUGUAGGCGUUGUUUUGACCGGCGUUGUGGUAGUCACCGGUAUAUUUUCUUACUACCAAGAGAGAAAGAGCUCAAAAAUAAUGGAAUCAUUCAAAAACCUCGUACCACAUACAGCAAAUGUAGUUCGCAACGGAAAGCCCCAAAAUGUCAAGGCAGAAACACUGGUUGUGGGGGAUGUCGUUGACGUCAAGUUUGGAGACCGCGUUCCAGCGGACAUAAGGAUCUUGGAAGCACAUGGCAUGAAGGUCGACAACUCAUCCCUCACAGGCGAGUCGGAAGCCCAGUCUCGAUCGCCUGAGUCGACCAGCGAAAAUCCGUUGGAGACCAAGAACCUAGCCUUCUUCUCAACAAACGCUGUGGAGGGCACAUGCCGCGGGAUUGUGAUAAACAUCGGAGACAACACGGUCAUGGGGCGCAUCGCCGGACUAACAUCUGGGCUUGAUUCGGGCAAGACUCCAAUCGCUAUCGAAAUCGAACACUUUAUUCACAUCAUCACAGCCGUAGCCGUGUUUCUCGGGGUGACUUUCUUCAUUGUUGCACUUGUGCUUAAAUAUCAGUUUGUGGACGCCGUCAUUUUUCUGAUCGGCAUAAUCGUGGCGAACGUGCCCGAAGGCCUUCUGGUCACUGUCACUGUUUGCCUGACACUCACAGCAAAACGAAUGGCUCAAAAGAACUGUUUGGUUAAAAACCUUGAGGCGGUUGAGACACUAGGAUCUACAUCUACUAUAUGUUCGGAUAAAACAGGAACACUUACUCAGAACCGAAUGACCGUCGCACACAUUUGGAUGGAUGGACGCAUUAAAAAAACAGACACCACGGAAGAUCAGUCGGGGGCGAAGGUUGACAAUACAGCAGCCGGCUGGCCUGCACUGUCCCGUGUGUGCAUGCUUUGUAAUCGUGCCGAGUUUGCGCAGGACCAGGAAAACGUGUCGAUCAUGCACAGAAAAAUUAACGGCGAUGCCUCUGAGUCAGCCAUUCUUAAGUUCACGGAAAGUGCGUGUGGUAAUGUCAUGGAUUAUCGCGAGAAGUAUCCGAAGGUGUGUGAGAUCCCCUUUAAUUCCGUCAACAAGUACCAAGUGAGCAUUCAUGACGUCAACGGCGAGGUCACUGACGAAGAUGGCAAGGAGUGUAAUUACCUCUUGGUGAUGAAAGGCGCUCCGGAGCGGGUCCUCGACCGCUGUACAAAAAUCCACUUCCAUGGCAGAGACGUCAGUCUCAACAACAAGUGGAAAGGCAGAUUCAACAAAGCCUAUAUGGAGUUAGGCGGCAUGGGAGAGCGCGUCCUGGGCUUCUGUGACCUGGCCCUGCCGGCCGAGAUGUUCCCCCGCGGCUACGAGUUUGACGGCGAGGAGGAGAACUUCCCUCUGGACGGACUGCGGUUCGUCGGCCUGGUGUCCAUGAUAGACCCGCCCCGAGCCGCCGUGCCGGACGCCGUCGCCAAGUGCCGAUCGGCCGGCAUCAAGGUGUUCAUGGUGACCGGCGACCACCCAAUCACAGCCAAGGCCAUCGCACGCUCGGUCGGCAUCAUCUCGCCGCAGAGCUACACCAUCGAAGAGCUGGUGGUGCGCAUGCGCUGCAAGGCCGAGGACAUUGACCCGCGCCUGGCCAAGGCCGCCGUCAUCCACGGCGGCCAGCUGAAGGACAUGAAUGACGCCGACAUCGACUCAGUGCUGCACGACCACCAGGAGAUUGUGUUCGCCCGCACGUCACCGCAGCAGAAGCUGAUUAUAGUCGAGGGCUGCCAGCGCGCCGGCGCUGUUGUGGCCGUGACUGGCGAUGGCGUUAACGACUCGCCAGCGCUGAAAAGGGGUGACAUCGGCGUCGCCAUGGGUAUAGCCGGCUCGGACGUCUCUAAGCAGGCCGCCGACAUGAUUCUGCUGGACGAUAACUUCGCCUCCAUCGUCACCGGCGUGGAGGAAGGUCGCCUGAUCUUCGACAACCUCAAGAAAUCGAUCGCCUACACGCUGACUUCGAACAUACCCGAGAUUUCGCCGUUUCUGUUUUACAUGGUCGGCGGAGUGCCGCUUCCCCUAGGCACCGUCACCAUCCUCUGUAUUGACCUCGGCACUGACAUGGUGCCGGCCAUCUCGUUCGCUUACGAAUCAGCCGAGUCGGACAUCAUGAAGCGCAUGCCUCGCGACAAGCACCUAGACCGUCUGGUGAACGAGCGACUCAUCUCCAUGGCGUACGGCCAGAUCGGGAUGAUCCAGGCUGCGGCCGGCUUCUUCACGUGGGUCGUCAUCCUGGCUGAACACGGCUUCCUGCCGUACGACCUGUUCGGGCUGCGGGUAAUGUGGGAGGCGCGCACUCUGGACGAUCUGAAAGACUCGUACGGCCAGGAGUGGACCUACGUGGACAGGAAGAAGCUGGAGCACACUACUCAGACGGCAUUCUUCGUCUCCAUCGUGAUCGUGCAAUGGGCGGAUGCCAUCAUUUGCAAGACCAGACGCAACUCCAUUUUCACGCACAAAAUGAAGAACGGAAUGUUCAACUUCGGGCUGGUGUUCGAGACGCUGAUCGCUUGCGCACUCAGCUACUGUCCGGGUACGGACACGCUCUUCAAGAUGUACCCACUGCGCUGGAACUGGUGGAUCACGGCGGUGCCGUUCUCGCUCCUGAUCUGGACCUACGACGAGUGUCGGCGCUACACCCUGCGAACAAUACCAGGCGGCUGGUGCGAAAAGGAGACCUACUACUGAAGCAGCCUAAGAGGGCGGUGCGGGGCAUGGCAGUGGCUGCAGCCACAGGCAUACGCAGUCAGCGUUCUAGAAGGUGCCCGGCCAUGAAUAAUUGGUCGUUAUCUAGCACAAAAUAGCAAGAUCGGUUGAAAGAAAUGACACCUGUUGCAUUUGUGACGCAAAAGGUUAUCCUGUUCCACUGAUCGCCGGAGGGUAAUGUUUGUGCUUACAGGUCUUAUUGAUCAUUGGAGACGUCGGUUGCAGACAAUAUCAGGCUAGGCGAUUGUCCGACAGAGAGGACCGGGGAAGGAUACCUGCAGCAAGAAUUAAAGUGGCAUGAUCUGCUUGGAUAUGUGACGGUAUGGUUAACUACGCUCAAAUAUCACUGUUCGUUAAGCUCGCAACAAAGGAGCGAUUACAAAAGCUAUUGCUGGUCAUCUGAGAAUGUUUUGUUAUUCCCAGGCUGAGCUGAGCCUUGUUAUACAUGACUGGGGAUCUUAUCAUUCUGUGCAUUGUUUUCAAGGUUCCGGCGAAGCACAGUACAGGAGUAAAGGUGCAACCAUGCCCUCGUCGUUGCAUAAAGGAUUAAUGAAUACAAUAUUAAGGCUAA